AUGUUGCUUGUCCGUGUCAUGGUCGGUAAAGUCGAGAAAAUUGAUCGGCUUGUCAACACCCUGCGCAGCAUCCCACUCAGGCAGAGCGAACAGGGAUGGAAUUGCGUCACAUGGGUGAGGGAGGCGUUAGGGGCGCUUCAGGCUGAUAGGAAAACCUUAGGUACCGCUCGGAUGGAGUGGAAUAAGGUUCGAGAUGCGGCAAUGACAUAUUGCCAGAAGAAGAGGGAUGAGCAUCGUUUCGACGGGAAGGGGAAUUAUGACAUGGGAAAGGCGGCAACAUAUGACUUGACUGAGCAGAAAGAGGGAAUACAGUAA